AUGCCUUCUUUGACAUAUGUGGCCUUUGGCAUGAAUCAUUUAAAGGGUAAUAUGCCUGAAGAAAUGUGUCAUCAUCUCCCUUUACUUGAGGCCUUUGAUGUUUAUGGUCAUCAAUUAGAGGGAGGUUUUCUACCCAAAGGGAUAGGCAGUCUUGAUAAACUUGAUAGAUUAGACUUAUCUUCUAAUCAUUUCAAAGGACCUAUUCCUUUCAACAUAUUCAACAUUUCAACACUGACACUGUUAAACCUUGGGAGCAACUUCCUCUCUGGCCUUCUCCCAUCAUAUUUAGGAAUUGGCCUCCCUAACUUGAAGAAUUUAGUGCUGGAAGGAAAUGAACUAACUGGACAAAUUCCAAACAGCAUAUCAAAUGCUUCUCAGCUUAUUAGGUUGCGUUUACCAUUGAAUACAUUUACCAAAGCUAUACCCAAUGUAAUUGGAAAUUUAACAAACUUGCUUGACUUAGCUUUGGAUGGGAAUGAAUUGACUGGGUUGAUUCCGUAUACAUUUGGCAAAUUACAUAGCCUUCAAGGCUUAAGUCUUAGCAACAACAAAUUACAAGGGUCCAUUGUAAAUGACCUUUGCCAACUCAAAAGGCUAAGCAUUAUCUUUCUAAAGCAAAAUAGAGAUGAUGCUAACUAUACAACCAAAAGGGAUUUAACAAAUUUGGAUGGACCAACUAGGAUAUCCCAUUGUGAGAUUCUACAGGGUACAAAUGGAUUUGAUGAGAGCAAUCUUCUUGGCUCUGGAAGUUUUGGAUCAGUGUACAAAGCAAUUCUUCCAAAUGAAAAGGUAGUUGCUAUCAAAGUAUUUAACACAGACAUGGAAAAAGCAUUGAGAAGUUUUGAUAUUGAAUGUGAUGCCAUGUGCAAUUUACGCCAUCGCAAUCUCAUUAAGAUUAUUAGUUGUUGCUCAAAUAAUGAUUUCAAGUGUCUAAUAAUGGAAUUCAUGUCAAAUGGAAGUCUUGAUAGAUGGUUGUACUCUCAUAACUACUGUUUGGAUAUCCUACAAAGGUUGAAUAUAAUGGUUGAUGUAGCAAUUGCAUUAGAGUAUCUUCAUCACGGUACUUCUACUCCAAUUGUUUAUUGUGACAUAAAACCAAGCAAUGUUUUGUUUAAUGAAGAUAUGGUGGCUCAUCUUAGUGAUUUUGGUAUAGCUAAACUAUUAGGUGAAAGACAGUUGGAAACUUACACAACAACAUUGGCUACAGUUGGUUACAUGGCACCAGGUAAUAGUCACUACAAAAAAACAGACAAUAAAAUGUUUUGCGAGGGAAAUUAG